UGCACGUGUUACCAUAGAAACACAGAAGACGCUUCCGUUAUCCAGCUGACCUCUGGGAAUUGUGGUUUUUUUAAUUAUCCGAAAACGCUUUUUUAAACAAUAUUUUAGUUUGGAUAGAACUACAAGUUCCAGCAGCGCUCGCGACAGAGGGCUAUUGCCAGAGUUGUGUUGAGAAACUGGAUCAAUGAUGGUUUGUUAGAAUCCGAAAUACCAAGAAUAAUCAUAAAGUGUCACCGAUAUGGAGCGUCCGGGAUCCAUCAGACCAGAACUUUAUCGGUGGAAGAGAACGACCAGAAAACCGAUAAGCAAGCCAGUAUUUGAUUAUGAUAACGUGGAGCACUGGAUCAAGAGGGUAGAACAGGCCUCAGAGUUUGCUGUAUCUGAAGUGUUCUCGCUGAAGCCAUCUGCACAACAAGCGCAGAGAGCGAAGGCUGCGGUGCUUGAUCUAGAAUCUACAGACCAGCUGUUUGAUCACAAUGACGCGUAUAAUGAAGCCCAGGACCUUCUGAGCGAGUGGAUGAGCACAAAACUGAGGCUGGAGAUCGCUAGUGAGGAGGAGGAUGAGUGUGAAGAUAUCCGAGCAGAGCCCAGCCCUCCGCAGUUUGUGAAGUACAAUAGGUUCGAUGAUCUGUGCAAUUAUCUGGAACAGGAGACGGAGAGCGCUACGGCCCAGGAUUUCCUGCAGCAGCUUCUGCAGAAGGAAGUGGUGGAUUCUGGGAUACUGGCGGAUCUGAGGAGCGACAAGGAUAACAAACCCACGAGGAAGAGGGACCUAAGACUUACAAUGGAGCUGAGACACCAGCAGGUAAAAGAGAAUCGGGCAAAGCGUCAGAAGGAAAUGGAGAAACAGAGACAGGAGAGGGCUUUGAAAAAGUCAGCGCUGUCCCAGGCGCAGAUGCUGGUGCAGGAGGAGGACAAGAAAAAGACUCUCAAGGCCAAGAAGGAAGAAGAGGAAAUCCAGAGGGAAAUGGUGAAACUACGCAAGGAAAUGCUUCAACGCAGGAAAGUUCUGGAGGAGGCCAGGAAAAUUGAACGAAAUAGGCAAGAGGUGGAAAACUCUGUAAAGCUCCCAGAGAGGACCCGUCUGUGGCCUGACUCCCCGAAACCAGCAACAGACAAGGAGAAGAUGCAAAAACAGGCCAGGAUUCAGGAACGUCUCAGCCAGAUUUAUGCAGAGAACUACAAGUGUCUCCAGAAGUAUUUCUCCGCCUGGUAUAAGCUGGUCCUGGAGCGCAGGGUAAAGAUGGGUAAGGCCAGAGCACUAGCUGACUGGAAACACCAGCUAUGGGUUUUUCGGGCGUGGAGAGACUAUGUGUGGUCAAGGAGGCUGGAGCGGGAGACAGAAAAAAUGGAGUUGGAUUUGAGAGAGCAGAACAGGAAACAGCGAUUGGCAUCAGAAAGUUACCGUAGACGGCUCCUGCGUCAUUGCUUUAUUGAGUGGCAGCUGUGGAGCCGAGCACACAAGGAGAGAAGAGAACUGGAGGAGAGGAAAGAAGAGACCAAGAGAAAGAUGGCGGCUCUGCUAGAUGCUGCUUCCUCACUAGGUGUCCCUACAGAGACCACUGAAGAUCAGAGAAAGAUCAACAUGGAGAAACCCACAGGCCAUGAGCAGAAGAUAGAAGAAUUCACCGCUGUUGACAAUGAACUGAAGAUGCCCAUUGGUCAGGACACAAAUUCACCUGUCCAACCCCCAGAGAUACCCAGACACGCCUGGCAGGUUACACGUAAACAUGCAACGCUAACAGCUGAGGAGCGAGCUGAGCACCAUCUGCAAUCAACCAAUGCCACAGACAGAAUCCAUUCUGGAACACGACAAAAAAUUCCGGGUUACGGUGAGAAUUUUGAGAGCCGGCACAAGUUUCAGCGGCAGAUGAUAGAUGAGCAGAGAAGACAGCUGCAGGAGCAGAAGGAGAUGAUAUUGGGUCUCAUGGAAAACCAGAGACUGAUCAUUUCAAAGCAGGAAUGUGACAAAGCCAGCACUGUAACCGCAGAGCUGUGCAAGCAGGCUCCUCCAUCCAGGGACACACGCAACAGGGGAAGUGACGUGGGGACAAAGGGAACUAUAGCUGCAAAGUCUAAGAGUGCGCCCAGUUUGUCCUUUGUCGGUUCUGAGUGCAGAAACCUGAACCUGUCUCCGAGCCCACUGACCACUGCGAGAUCGCCCAUGUCACCUUCUUCACAUCACCCUGCAGUAACAGCCAUGGAAGAAAGGGCAGCACAGAGAGCAGAAAGAAAGCGACAAAUAGAAGAGAUGAAAAGAAAACGCGAGGAAGAAAAAUUGGCUCAGCUUAAGCUGGAAGAAGAGGAGCGUUUGCAAAAGGAAGCGGCAGAACGAGAAGCUCAGCUUGAAAGGAAGAGAGAGGAGAAGAGAUUACAGAAACAGAGAGAGCAGGAGAAGAAGAUGAGGCUGCAGAGACAACAGGAGCACGAGGAGCUGGCACAGGGCCAUUAUAACAAAUCUCUUCUGAGAUAUCGGGGCCUGGAACCCUGGAAAAAGCUGAUGGUGCAGUCCAGACAAAAUAUGCAGUGUGCAGAUAAUUAUCACAGCUCUGUCAGUCAGAGGAGAGGUCUGCUAGGCUGGUGUCACGCAGUCAGGCACAUCAUUGCAGAGAAGAACUCGCGUGCGGAUAAGCUCAGGAACUGCAUGCUGAUUCGUAGGAGCUUCCAGCAAUGGGUGAAGUACAAGGAUUAUUUGCUCAUCCUCGAGGAGAGAGCAGACAGGCACUACAAGGCCGCACUGCGGAGGAAGUUGUUUCUGGCAUGGCUGGACUUGACCCAAGAGGCGAAGAUUGUUUUAUGGGAAAAACAGAGGCUGGCAGCAGAGCACAAUCAGAGGCGGAUUCUACUAACAGCAUUUCGAAUCUGGAAACAAUACCCACAAUAUACCAAAGAGCUGAAGGUACGGGAAGAAAGAAGGGAACUACUGAGAAAAAAGGUGUCUGAAAUGCUCCCUGACUUCAGGAUGUGAUGAGAGAGGCCGGCUGUAUUCCUAACAGUAACAGGCGCAUGGGUUUUAGCUGUGAGCCUUUUGCUAACCAGGACAACAUGGAACGGAUUCACUGAUGCCCAUAACUGCAGGACGGCACUGUGACUCUAAAGCCAUGCGCAGUUUAUACAAUAGGCUGCACGUCAUGCAGAUGUACAUAUAGAACUAUAGCCUUUAAAAGGGACAUUGUUUUUCUCACAAAUAUUUCCAAGUAAUGCUAACAGGCCACUCCCACACCUCUAUUAGGGGAGGGGACAAAACUUUAUAUGUAUGAAAACAAAAUGUUUUAUUUGAGACAGAAACAUGUAUUUUAUUUUUUUUUUAAAGAUACAUUUUGGCUAAAAGCCACAGAAAAAUCUGACUACAGUGUCUAUUUAAAGGUUUUUUAAAGCUUAAUCCCGUUGCGGCUAAAGGGGUUAAUGAGGUACUGAAGCUAGAUUUUGUUUGUAUUAUUAUCAUCAGGUAGAUCUGUAUAUUGCAAGAACAGCACAUUCUAUUGAUUCAUUGUAUUAAGUCUGCAAAUAUUCAGAAAAAAACGAUUUCGUAUUCAUGUUGUGUGUUUGCAGAACUCACUAUAAAAAAGAUUUUUUUUUUAGAAAAUGAA